GGGCGGUUGAAGCCGCUGCACGCGGCAUUCUGGUCCCGCCUCAGCCGGAAGUGUCUCUAUGGUGACGGCGGGAGGUUCGGGUUGGGCUAGAGGGGGCCAAGCCACCGCCCUCCCCGGAGCCGGCUGUCUAGAGGACCAUGCAACACCACGUCUGCAUCCUAGUACACUGGAGUUCCACACUACUGCCAAUUCUGUGAGCUGCUACUGGUUGUACAAGGCUGGUCAUGGUGAAGAUGCCGCUCUGACUCCGGUUCACCAGCUGUACUCACUGAGAGUGUGGGAUGGCUCUACAUGGCCUCUGUAGGGCCAGAAGCCUAUAGCCUUGGCCUCAAGAGGGGAAACCAGUUCCAGGUGGGCAUUGCACCAGGGCUGACGGUGCCGCCACUCACAGCAAAGCUUCACGAGAGUAAGGCCUGGUACCUUGCUAAGCAGCAGGUGAAGCCCAUUUGGCAGCUGGAACAGAAACAUGUGACCAAUUUUCAGGACCUCCAAUCGGUCCACUCAGGGAUUUCUUCCCAGCGUCCCCGCCUCUUGUACCCAGAGUCAUUAUGUAGUGAUACAGCAUUCCUGACUUCACCUCCACCUUUGCCCCACGCUCUCCCAAACUUCCUCGGAAGCACCUUGCUCUACCGACGUUCUUACUUCAGACACAAGCCUUAUCGGAGGCUUGAGUCCAUCUGUUUGCAGCCAACUUCUUUGGAGAAGAAACCUCUUUGUGCUCCUCUCCCUGCCUAUCGCUCUGUUCUCAACAACACCAUGACAUCCUCCGCCAUAGACCCAUUCUUUAUGCCGAAUACUGCUGCUGACUGUUCCAAUCCAGUGUCAAAGGGGUUUCCCCUAAGCUCAGGGAAGCAAAACUCCAAUUCAUACAGGCCAGUGCUAAACAAUAACUCUUUCCUUCGGCCAACUAGUGCAAAAGUGCCUUUGCAGCAGCAGUACCACCAACCGCUGCCACCAGAAAAUAAGAAGCUAAAAGGCUUGUCAAGACCUAUUGGCUUCUCUUGGACCCACUCUGGUGGAAAUGGAGAUGGCGCUCCUGCGAACCUUGAAAGAAAGCUUGGGAAAAACAGUGGCAUAACUCUUGAGCAACCCAGUGCCAAAUCUCCUCGCUCGGCCAUUCACAAUGGCGUGGUUCUCAAAGUGGAACGGCCCUCUUGGCGACUUGAAGAUGGUGAGAACAGGUCUCAGAACCUGAAAGAGCAAGAUGUGCGGUUGACGGAAGCUAUGCGGAAGCUGACUGCAAAUGGGAUCCGGAAGGUUAGCACCUACAACGAAUUUGGUCACCGCAUUGACAGCUCUUGCCUUAUGAAUGCAAACUUCCACUCCAGUCUUUUCAAUCGAUGGAAGCCACACAUAGUAGCACAGAUCACCCCAAAGGACGUACCAGCUGCCACCUCCCCAAAUCUGGAGCCUGGUAGCCGCCACCAGAGCCUUAUGGUCACAGAAGCUGCCGAUGUCUGCACUAAACGCAUCGAUGUUCGUUUCUUAGCCUCAAAUCCUGAACCUUCCAACCACUGCGCCUUGAGUCAGACUGUCAACCACACCUCUGUAAACACUGGAGAACAAGUGGUAAAAACAGAGCUGUCCCCACGGACUACAGUCUCUGAGGUAGAGACCAAAAUUUCCUCUCUUCAGUUAGGCACAGAUACAAAAUGGGGGAGCCCUAUUACUGUGAAAGAGACCGAAGCUGCAGUCAACCUCCCCCUGCUGGACCAAGCGGAAGUGGAAGAUGUAGAGGAAGAGCUCCCGGACGGCUUGGAAGAUGCCUGCAGUCAGGAUGAGGAGGGAGAAGAGGAGGAUGGGGAAGGUGAAUCAGAUGGCUCCUCUUCAUCCGGAUUAUCCCCCAAUGGUUCUGUAGCUAUUAUAUCCAGAAAUUGCGUUGAGGGAUUGGUGCCUACACUAGAGGGCCAAGAACGAAUUCUCAAGCCAGCUCUUACAUGCAGCCUGUUCCCCAAUGUGCCUCCCACAAUAUAUUUUGGUACCCGGGAUGAGAGAGUGGAGAAGCUCCCUUGGGAACAGAGGAAGAUGCUACGAUGGAAGAUGAGCACAGUGACUCCCAACAUUGUAAAGGCAACAAUCUCCAGGUCCCACUUCAAAAUCAGCAAGAGAAACAAUGACUGGCUGGGCUGCUGGGGCCAUCACAUGAAAUCUCCGGGGUUCAGAGUUAUCAGAGAACACCAAAAGUUGAAUCAUUUUCCUGGUUCAUUCCAAAUUGGUCGGAAGGACCGUCUGUGGAGAAAUGUGUCCAAAAUGCAGUUGCGCUUUGGGAAGAAGGAAUUCAACUUUCUGCCCCAGUCCUUCAUCCUUCCUCAGGAUAUCAAGCUGCUCAGAAAGGCUUGGGAAGAUUGCGGGAGCCGACAGAAAUGGAUUGUGAAGCCGCCAGCAUCAGCUAGAGGCAUCGGCAUUCAGGUCAUCCAUAAGUGGAGCCAGCUGCCCAAGCGCAGGCCACUGCUGGUGCAAAGGUACUUACAUAAACCCUACCUCAUUGGUGGAAGCAAGUUUGACUUGAGGAUUUAUGUUUACGUCACAUGCUAUGAUCCACUUCGGGUUUACUUGUUCAAAGAUGGACUUGUUCGUUUUGCCAGCUGCAAAUAUUCCCCCUCUGUGAAGAGCCUCAACAACAAGUACAUGCACUUGACUAAUUACAGUAUCAACAAGAAGAAUAUUGAAUACAAGGCUAAUACAGAUGAAACUGCAUGUCAGGGUCACAAGUGGGCACUGAAGGCACUUUGGAGUUAUUUGGCCCAGAAAGGAGUUGACAGUGAAGCCAUCUGGGAGAAGAUAAAAGACAUUGUUGUCAAAACCAUCAUUGCAUCAGAGCCCUACAUAAUCAAUCUCGUGAAGAUGUAUGUGAGACGCCCUUACUGCUGCCAUGAGCUGUUCGGGUUUGAUAUCAUGUUGGAUGAGAACCUUAAGCCAUGGAUUCUGGAAGUCAAUAUUUCCCCCAGCCUUCAUUCAAACUCUCCUCUGGAUGUGAGCAUCAAGGGUCAAAUGGUCAGAGAUGCCCUUAAUUUGGCUGGUUUUCUGUUGCCAAGCACAGAUGAUGUGGCUUCACCCUCUGGAAGUGCCAGCAGCUCUACAACUAGCUUGAAUAGUGUCGCAAAGGAGAAGAGUAAGUCAUCCCUGGAGCUGUUCACUUCUGAGAAAACGAAAAGAGCUUUUUAUCUGACCUCAAAAGUGCCUGAUCAGGAGUUCUAUUCCACCAUCCUAGAUGUUCUAACACCAGAUGAUGUACGUGUCCUAGUAGAGACAGAGGAUGAAUUCGCUCGACGUGGACAGUUUGAGCGAGUUUUCCCCUCGCGCUUCUCCAUGCACUACCUACGUUUCUUUGAGCAGCCGCGAUACUACAACAUCCUUACUUCCCAGUGGGAGCUGAAAUAUUUCGUGAAUAAGGUCAAAGGGGUGGAUCUGCUCAGAAACUGGUGUCACAAAGGCUUUCAUAAUGGAGUGGUGACAGAAUCCACAGUGAUGUGGUCAAUUCCAAGAUCCCACCUCUAUUUGAAGAAUGAACUCCCUGUGAAUGGCUUGAGCAAGAUGGAAUUAGGCAGAACCAGCAAAAUCCUUGUCCAGCGAGAUGGGGAGGAGCCAGUCCGAAGCUCUGAGCCAAACCCUUGCACUCAAAGCUUACCUCAGAUUAAAUACACAGCUGGAAGUCUCAAGAAACCCACAAUCCCUCGGACCCUCAGCAACUCAAGCCUAGUGAAGUGACGGGGGACUGAGUGAGUGGCCAACUUCCCCUUCCUUAUGGUCUCAGGAGGGGGCGUACGUGACCUACCUCAACGGAAGCUAGGAGAGCCAGCAUGGAAGGAUGGGAGGACCUUUCGUCCGGCACGCCCACGUAGAACUAUUUUUUUGGAAAGGGAAUUGAGUCGAAGAGGAGAUGUUUAACUUGGUUAAAAGGGACAAAUGCUCUGUUUAUAGUUUUUUUUAUGACAAAGGAAGUUGCUAAACACAGAAGCUUGGAAAACCUAUUUAACUUUUAGUGUGAGUUCCUUAUAGUUUAUUGACCUUGCCAUGAUCAUCACCACUUGAGCCUUAAGUGCCUCUCGCUGUUAAGUGCUGACAUGCUAGGUUUCGCCAGACACUGACAACCUCAAUGACCAUUUGUGAAAUGAGCUGCUACCAUGAGGCAAUUGCAUUUUUGCAAUUAACAUAAUAACCCAUGUAUUCACAACAUGACACAAAUUCCUUAUUAGCUGAACAGAUGGGAAAACAAACUUAAGAAUGGCUUAACACCAGUAAAUCAGGCAGAUUUUUUCAUAAACUCUCUGGUGCUUGGGCAUAAGAGAAAUAGGCUUAAACAGUGAGGGAGGUGGUGGGGAGUCCUUGAAUAGUCUUAUUCCCUAGGUACACACCCAUGUUUACUUAGUUCCUGGGUACAGAUUUCCUGAUGGACUUUAGUUAGGUAUUUUCUACUUACUUUUUACUCUGGAGAAGCAGAUUUUGCAGUGUGCUGGUCCAAAGCACAACUGUGUAACUUAAGCACUGGUGGUGGUUUCUUAAGACAGGAGGAGCAUCUCCUUUUGGUUCUAGCUUUGUGCUGGGACUCAGAAAAAGGUGUGCUAAGGUGGCUGCUUCUUGUUCCUCUCUGGUUUAGGGUCAGGUGGUUAUCUGUGUUAAUCCUCCUAGCAUUCAUAUACACCCUAGAACACUCUCCACUUCUUUACCCCUAAAGAAGACUUGACUAUAAUUUAGCCCAAGUGGUGCUUGGCUGUAUAAUUCUUGUUUUAAGUACUGGAGCCUCAGUCAGUGUUAUUUCUGAUCAGUCAGUGCCUUCUCCCUGCUGCUGGAGAAUUCUGCCUUUUCUCCACUUGUUAUACUUUACUCCUAAUCUGAAUCUGGUGCUGGAUCCCAGCUUUGGGUACACUUUUCAGUUGUGUGCGUAUGUCCGGAAUGUGUUGGUAAACUUGCACUUACAGCCAGCAAGGGCCAUUUGCUGUCCUGAUCCCUGGGCACUGAUAGAUGCAUCUGUUGCUCUACUUGACUCCUGAUACCUUGACACUUAGGAGCAUUUCCUGCCUGUACUCAGACACCACGUGCAGGAAGCUGCUAAGUUCUGAGCCUUGAGGGUGAACUCAACAACUUUGGCUGCAAGAAAUCUUUAUGCUUAAUGAAGGAUAGGAGUCCUUUUGUCUCAUUUUACACACACACACAGUUAGAUGCUAUGGACAGCGUGAAGCAUGCAAGUCCCCUGAUGCAUCACUGUGAAGUCUUCUAUUUUUUCCAUGUAGCAGUAAUGAUAUUCCAAAUGCCUGUAAGUAUUUCUCACUAUGGUGGUGAGAUGUGUUUAGGUGGCUACUUGUGAUAUAAAUGGCCAGAAAAAGGAAGGCAUCAUUCCUACAGUGCAUCUCUCCAAAUAGAUUGCUUCUCCAUUGGUCAGGGCAGUAUUUAUGAAUCACACAGUCCUGGAAAUCUCCUGCAUACAACUGGAUACAGCAGCUAUAAUCUAGAAUAUAGAUGCAGUGUGCAUUUAUUGUUAAAGUGGUUCAAGUCAUUGCAGAGGGGUGCGAGAUUCCCCGGAGCACAUAACACCAAAACGGCAGGGCACCUCUUUCUUACUACAUCUGUCAUUUGCUUGUCCUAAGUAACCUCAGUGACUAAGCUCUUAAGAGCAGAAAAGCUGGGAAACAUAGAGUUGGAAGCCAAGCCAGGCACACUGGAUGUGGUUGUGCUUUCUCCUGGGGCCUUAGCAGUAGAAGCAGCAGCUCUCCUUGCAUCAUGCCAGGGAAUGAGUUGCUAGAAAUCAUUUCAGAGUCUGCCUUGCAGACAGCGACUUACCUUGCGUUUCUGUCUUACUUCACUGGCUGUAUUAACACAGGUAUCUAUCUUGGUGAGACCUUUAUGGCAUGAUCCCCUGAAUUAAAGCUUCUUUUCCCCUUG